AUGGGCUGCGUCAACGACAGCGACUCAUCUUUCCUCAGACUUUAUACAGCCAAGGGUGCCCAUGACCUUGACCCGGUAACCUGCUCUGUGCGCUGUCUGGAUGAGGGUGUGCUGUACUUGCCUGUUGGAGGCGAACAGGGGAUUGUGGCACUCUACAGAACUGAAGGACCAUUUCUGCACAGCCUUAGUCUGUCCUCCUCUGUAGACAGAGUGCAGGCUGGGAAGACUUUUGUUGUGGAAGUUUCUGGAAGCCUGGCAGGACGCCCCAACCAGCCCACAGGGAUUUGGAGUCUGGGACGGCAGGACCUCUUUUAUGUCACUAUGGAGUUCCUGGACACGACCCCUAAAGAUGUCAGGGUUUCCAACCUCCUCUCUACACUCUCUUCCACCCUCCACCUCUCCGUCUUACAGCACUCUCCAGAUGGCUUGGUGAUCUCUGUGCUCCACGGGCCCUUGGGCGUCCCCUCAUGUGUGCAUCUGCAACAGACAGACUCGCACAGUGUGGCCAUGCAAGCAGCAUACCUGGGCGACCCUGUCACACUGCAGGCAUACGUAGUUGUGAGUCCUACUGUUUCUGACCUUAAAGUUAGUGUUUCAAGAAAUCAUCUGAGAACCGGAGAGUGCAUUUCUGUGGAUGUGGAGCUGUUCACCACCAUGAAGCACCUACUUGCCCUCAACCUCACACUAAAUGCAGAGUAUGACCACAAUUAUGAGAACAGUGGCGAACCCAGCAGCAAAGGACAGGACAUUGAGACCUGCUGUGGGGGCAACAUUGACAUUAACACCCGCCGCUUUGACAGCAGUGACAUGAAGAAUAAUAUAAGCAAGGAUGACAUGCGGAUUUAUGCAGAAAAACAAGCCUAUCCCACAAAUACAGAUAUAACUUUCCUGGCUCUGGCAGAUGUGCCAGACCUUGUAGAGUUUAUCUGGCACUUUGGAGACUCCACAUCAGCCAGAUCCACCUCAAGCACCAUCACCAAACGAUACCACAAACCUGGCAGAUUUGACGUAGUUGCAGUCACGUCUAGUUCUCACACAUCCAUCACCUCCGAGGUGUUCCCGCUGGCGGUCGAGAGAGCAGUGAAGCUCAACAGGCUGGUCCACCAGGCCUCAGUCCUGCAGAAUGAGACAGUGACAAUAAGUUGCCGGGUCAAUGUCGGGACCAACCUCACCUUCCUCUGGAACUUUGGAGACGGAUCAUCCAGGCUGGGACAGAGCACUGAACAGCAUGUCUUCCACAGAAGAGGAGAGUUCAGAGUCGAAGUGACAGUGUCUAACCUGGUUAGUUCUGCCUCUCUGAGCAGUCACAUCUUUGUUGUGGACCGACCUUGUCAGCCUCCACCAGUCAAAAACAUGGGUCCUCUCAAACUACAGGUGCGGAGAUAUGAGGUUAUAUAUCUGGGGGUGACCUAUGAGACUGAAAUUGACUGUGACAUAUCAGGAGGUCUUCAAUACACCUGGACCCUGUUUGACUCUGCAGGCCAGACCUACUAUUUGCCUCAAACAGACACACACAGGCAGAGUCUCACACUGCAGAGCCAUCUCUUGCACUAUGACACCUACAUUGCCAUAGCCAGGGUACAAGUCAUUGGCAGUGUGGUGUACAGUAACUACAGUCUGAGAGUUCAGGUGAUGCCGAGCCCUCCUGUGGCUUUUAUCCAGGGUGGCACCAACGUCUUCAUUAACAAGAGGAACACCACCGUAGUCACCCUGGAUGGGCAGAAAUCUUACGACCCUGACUUCCCCAUGAACCCACUCAGCUACAGAUGGACAUGUAAACCACUCAGCUCCAUCACCACUUCCUGUUUCAACCAAUACAUUCCCACUUCCUCACCUGUGCUUACAUUUCCUGUUAGUUUCUUAAAACACAACUUUGAUCAGUUCCAGUUCACGCUCACCGUACACAGUGGAGAGCGUUCAGCUUCAUCAGAGACCUUCCUCACAAUAAUACCAAAUCUGCUUGGGAAGGUGUCAGUUUAUUGCCCUCAUUGCCAUGGAGACCAGGUGAACUGGGAUAAGUCGUUCUCUGUCAGUACCUUGUGUGAAGACUGUAAUGUUUCCCCAAAACACAUCCACUACACCUGGAGUCUGUACUGGGUCAAUGCCUCCUCCAGGCCUGUGAUAGAAGUCCCAUUUUGUUCCACAGUGGAUCUCAAUUCUCCUUCCACAAUCAUCAAGAGUCCUGAAAGUUUCCCUCAGACUCUUGAGACUUUCACCCUGCAUCCAUCUGACACAGAUACUUCACACUACACCAGAGAUGAGCCCUUUUAUCAUUCCCUGGGAAAGUUUGACCUGCCAAAGCAUCAAACCUCCACUGAAUACCCACCACUCACCGUUGACAACAGUGGAGUCCUUUAUUCAGAGCACUUUGGCCAAAGCGACGUUAUCAGUGAAUUCCCAGGUCACUCGGACUCCUCUGCUGAGUGGGAAUUUUCUUUUGCUGUCCUGGAGAAUGGUGACAAGGGAGGACAACCAGAUUCAGAUUAUGAUGUUCCCUUCCUAAGUGCAGAGGAGGGAGACCCAGGGAUUUCAGCAGGAAGACCGACAGAUUUGGAUGGUGAGACCUUUAGUCCAGGAUAUGACUCAGUGUCUGAUCCAGCAGUAUACGAUGAGGGGAGUAAUCUGGUUGUUCCAGGAUCCGCUAUGGUGAUCCAGGAGCCAACUUUGCUCGAUUUGCCCCGAGACCCAGUAGACAAAGGCCUUUUUGAGUCCUACACCUACACUGGAAUUUCCUCCCCUUUUCUCAGUUUCAGACCUUUCAGUCUGAGGCCAGGGAGCAGAUACAUGUUGGAGGUCACUGCCAAAUCUCAUCAUAGUUUUCUCGGCCGGACUCAGCUAUUCUUAAAAACCAAACCUGCUCCAAAGGGCAUGACGUGCCAGGUGCAGCCGGACAAAGGGAUGGAGUUGCACACACAUUUCAGCAUCUUCUGCGCCUCAGGGAAAGAGGAUUUACUGUAUGAGCACAGCUUCAGUGUAGGAAGCAGACCCCCAAAGGUGCUGUACCAGGGGAGAGAUUUCCAGUACUACUUCAGCCUGCCUUCAGGUGACCCAAGUGAUGACUAUAAAGUAACUAUUUAUACUGAAAUCAGGAGCAGCACAUAUGGGACAGCCACUAAACCCUGUCCUGUCACCGUCCAAGUCCAACCAAGCUUCCUCAGAGACACUUCUUCCCAUGAUGAUCCUGAUCUGGAGCUUUCAGGGUCAGGUCUGAGGAACCUGUCGGCUCUGGUGCGGCUUGGGAACAGUAGGGAGAUUCGUAACUACAUCAGUCUUCUCUCCAGCAUUUUGAACAGACUCAGCCUGGACACCAAGGCCAACACACAUGCACAGAUACAUUUACGCAAUGUUCUCAUUAGCACAGUGUGUGAGCUCGAGAGCAGUGAACAGGCAUCAAUGGUAGACGGCAUCUGCGCUCUCAAAGACCUUUUACAAGUUACAAAUCAGGUAACAUUAGCAAGUGCCAGACAAGUGGCAGUUCACGUCCAGGCCAUCUCAGACCUGUUUUUGGAGUCCAGAGCUCCAGUUCAGUAUCAUCUGGACCACAGGACCCUCAACACCCUGGUUGUCCUGCUCUCAUACAUCCUGCAGGCUGCUGCUUCAGCCACCAGUGAUCACAUCAAAUUGGGUGGAUCACCUGCAACAAACCAGAUGGCACAGCUUGUUGUUGAUACCCUGCAGACUGCGUCAGACCUGAUGCUGAAGUACAUUUUGUUCCACAAGGUCCAGGAGCACAGAGUCAGAACAGAUCCUAUCACCUUAUACGCCACAUACCAAAACCAAACCUCCACAGUCAUCAGCAGUGGCUCGACCACCUUCUACAUAUCUGCUUCUCUGAUCCAGCUUCUGUUUGUUCGUCACAGUGGAGGCACUGAGAGCAGGCAGCCUUGUGUGCUCAGCGUGGCGACUGAACUCGCUCGCAGCCCUUACACCUGUGCCCAACAUCCUACACAGCUCAGUGGACCAGUGGUUGACCUGAGUCUGUACAACUGCAGCGUGAGGAGAAAGAUCCCUGUUCGUUCCCUCAUUCUGCCAAUCAACGUUGAGCUGCAACAGCCACCAGGAAACAGCUCGGUGCAUGAGUACAUCCUCCUCCGCACCCAGGUCAACUACCACAGCUUCAACAUUACCCAGGACCACUUGGAGCAGGCCAUCCAGCUGAGCAUGGUGUUCACGCCACCGCCAAACAAGGUGUUUCCCAUCAUGCUGCUCUUCAGGAUGUUUGAGAGGCCGACGCCCAGCAUAAACCAUCUGCACAGAAUUCACCACUGGGAGACCAACACCAUACGCAUUACUCUGCCCCCAUCCUACCUCAAUGCUGCAGGGGUUGGUCACCUGGCACUGCUGAAUGCUGAUUUUGGGAAAGCACCCAGACACAAGUAUCUGAGUGAACAGAUCAGCUACAGUCUCACAGUUGUCAGUAGCCUGUGUUUGUCCUGGGAUGGCCACCAGGGGGCCUGGACACAUCAGGGCUGCAGGACACAGCAAGCAGACACAGCCAGUGCUGUCAACUGCAGUUGUCAUCAGUUGAGGCCGAUGACUGUGGUGCAGCACCAGAUCCAGAGCAGCCGUGACACAGCCGAUCUGGACCCGUUCCUAAGUGCUUCUUGCAAUCUGACUGUGCUGGGUGUACUGGUGCUGUGUGUGUGCCUGUACAUCCCCGGGUUGGCGGUGUGCAAGAGAGCUGAUGACAUGUUCAAGAAGAAUCAAAGAGUCCACUAUCUUUCUGACAACUCUCCAUUUGACUCAUAUCUUUAUGCCAUAACCAUCCACACUGGUCUCUGCUCUGCAGCCAAUAUGAGUGCAAAGGUUUAUAUUGUGCUGUAUGGUGAAGAUGGGUUCUCACACACAAGAGAACUACAAGUCCCAGGGUGCACUCUGUUCAGGAGGAACUCUCAAGUCACAUUUAUAGUCAGCACAGCAGACAGCUUGGGUCGUGUGUGGGGGGUUCACAUCUGGCACGACAGCUCUGGACCAUCCCCAACCUGGUACCUCAGACAAGUGGAGGUAUCUGAGAUGAACAGAGGGCAUGUGAAAGGACGUGCUUGGCUCUUUGUCGGUCAGUGCUGGCUGGCUGUGAACAAAGGUGAUGGCCAGGUGGAAAGAAUGCUGCGUGUUUGCACCCACGGAUUAGGCUUUACUAAGAUGUUGUGUUUUAAGCUAUCCAACUACUUGGCCGACUUCCACAUCUGGAUGUCUGUAUACAGCUGCCCCUGCCCUAACUUGUUCACACACACUCAAAGACUUAGUGUGUGCCUGCUGCUGCUGUUGGGAUACGCAUGCAUCAACACAGUAAUCAUAUCACAAAUAGAUGCUGAGUUGCCAUUCGAGUUGGGUAUUCUUGAUGUAUCCGCUGUCUCCGUGACAACUGGAGCAUUAAGUGUGGUGGCAGUGUUGCCCGGAGCAACAAUGAUAUCCUUCCUGUUUCGACUGCAUGGGGUCAAGCUGAGGAGGUCAGGAGUCCAACAUGCAAAGGAUGCUCUUUCAGUAAAUGACAGCACACUCCAUCUCUCUUGGAGCAGUCUUAAGCAGUGGAUGCAGGGAGCCUGGAGGAAGAAAUACCAGGGCACAGACGUGCUCUCAGUGUCUCCUACGAUUCUGGAAAAUAAAGACACAGAUAAAGAACCUGUAAUCCAGCCAGAUGUGAUCAUAAGAAAGGAGGAUGAUCCAGCAGUAGAGCGCAGUAUGGGACCAGUACUUCAGAAUUUGGUGCUGAUUUCAGAGGAGAAUAAUGCCGAUCGAGCAAAUCAGGGAAAAGCAUUUGAUCUUUUAAGUGAAAGCAACAAAUUUCAUGGAACCCAGAAAGAUCUUUUGUCCAACAUGAGGGAAGAAAAUCGAGCCAUUCAGAAGGAGAAAGAUCCUCAAGGAAUAUGUUCAUCGGACUGUGGCUUUGAGGAAGGCAGCCAUCACCAGGCAGCAUGGUGUGGUCACAGCAGUGGUUACCACAUAAUCGACACAAUGAAAGGGAGAAAAGUUGGACCAACAUCCCAGUGGUGUCACUAUCUGGCCUGGGCCUUCUGUCUGCUAUUGUCCCUCUCCUGCCUGGUGCUUUCUGCAGUGUUGGGAAUGAGAUUCAGCAGCAGCAAAGUUCUGAUUUGGAUACACUCGCUUUUCUUCUCCCUGAUGUCUUGCAUCUUCUUCAUCCAGCCAGCUGUGAUACUUACUGUGGCAGUUACUGUCUCCUUUUGGUACAGAAAAAGACCAGACUUUCAUACUUUCUCCAGAAUAAAAGAGUUAGAGGCUGCUCAUCAGCCAGAAGAGCAGUUCAGAAUAUCUGCUUUCCCUCAGGAAAGAUGCUCAUACCUUGAAAAGCUGCUUGCAGCUCGUCAGCGAGCUCGCUACCUACGUCUCGUGCGCCCACUGACUCCAGCUGAGCUGAGGAAAACCCGUGGGAGGAAAAGAAGAGAGAUUCUUAUCCAUAACACUCUCAGGGAUUUGUCUGUCUGUGUCUCCAUGGCUUUUCUCAUGCUGUGUGUAACAUAUGGCAGCUCAGUCAGUGAUCAUUACCACCUCAAUAAAGCUGUCAGAAAACAGUUUAUAAGGAAUGAUGACAUUGAUUUCAUGUCAAUACAAAACCAUGAGGACUGGUGGAAGUGGACACAGACAAGUCUGCUAAAUUUGCUGUACAAGAAUGCAUCAGCCACAACUGAGCAGCGGUCACAUAUCUUGAUUGGAGAGGCAAUCCUGUGGAAGGAGGAGGCAUCCAGCUCAUUCUGGGACAAGGUCUACAGUGUGACUCUUGUGCCAGAGGGUCUUCGCUCAUUCUUGUCAGGGAGGGGAACAUCUUCUUACCCACUUUCCAUUGUCACGACUCCCACAGCAACACCCCUAACUACAUGUGGUCACCUGGGCUGCUCCUCAUGGCCAAAUGCUACAGUUGGCUUAGGCCGCACAAAGUCUGAUGCUGCAUCCAAACUGAAUCUCCUGCAUUCAUGUGGCUGGUUGGGCAGACAGACAGUGGCCCUGAAGGUCCAGUUCACCUUGUUCAGCCCUGCACCCAACUUGUUCACCAGUGUGACCCUGCUCACUGAGCAGAGCCCCAUCAAUGUCCUGUUGCCCUCUUUCAAAGUCCAAUCAGUCAGGGUGUAUCACACUCCUGCUGUGUGGGACUAUGUUGUUAUGGUGUGCCAGCUCCUCUUUCUCCUCUUGUCUCUGCUGCAACUUUGCCAUCAGGUAUGCACCAUGAGGCAGCAAGGGUUGAUGGGAUACUGGAGGACACCCUGCAACUGGCUGGAAGUCACUCUGCUGAAAGUGAUCCUAGUGUACUAUGUGUAUUACAUCUAUCACUCCAUAAUUAUCAUGGACGUUGUGGAGGUGCUGCAGAGACACAGAGGACAUGUUGAUGUCAGCUUCUUGGCUACCUGGGAACAAGAUAUUCGUACUCUGCGUGGUCUUACACUCUUCCUUCUCAUCACUAAGUGUAUGACUAUGUUGAGGGUGAACAGGACCUUGGCUAUCCCUGUUACACUCUUGACCCGCUCACUCUCCAGCCUCUUCUGGCCAACGAUUUCAGGUCUGAUCCUGCUGGUGGCGCUGUCUUGCGCGGGGAAUCUCCUGUUUGUACAAAGCUCCUGGGCUUUCAGCUCCAUCCCACGCUCCCUUCAGUCUCUGCUCUGUCAGUACUCGGGUCUCAGACCUGCCAGGGGCCUCCUCCUCUCUGGACAUCAUUUCCUUUACAGUGGAGCUUUCUAUCUGUCUUCUACUGUGGUGUGGACAGCAGUGGUGAUAGGUGUGGUGUCCUCAUUGGUCAGAAGUGUGAGAAGAUCUCAGAGAAGGAAGGAUGUCUUCACUGUAGCAGAAUUUGCCAGCUACAUCAGAAAGAGGAUUUCUGAGUUCACUGGGCAGCGUGGAUCAACAUGGAUUGAUAACCAUGUUGAGAGCAGAACUUAUUACCUUGAAGAGUUUGAAAGCUUGGUAGAUGAGCUGCUGUUCAGACUGAGUGCCCUCUGUAACUGCCUGCACCACACCCUGCCCCCAAAAGCCCAUGACUACCUGGAGGAAGAGAGUCCCAUCUCCUCACCCAUACAGGAGCCCUCCAACAUGGACACAAAGGACUUUGUAAGAACACAAAUGACAAAAGAGACAAUGGUGAAUGAUCACACAGAUGUCAGUGGCCAUGGAGAAACCCUACCUGCAUCUCAGCUGAGCAGGUCCAAGCUUGAACUAGAGAUACUGCAGUUCCUGCAGCAGAGAGGCCAACAGAGAAACACUCCCUCCUCAGACAUUGUUUUAGCAUCUGAUAAUCUGCAGCAUACUGGAGAGAGAGCAGAAGAAAAUCCAAAUGACAGAGAGCUCCAGACUUAUUUUAGAGGACAAAACUGCCUGUCCCUCCCAGAGUCAGCAUCGCUCAUCAGGAUUUGGACAGAUGAUGUUCUAGAGACACAAUCUGACCAUUGGACUAAAACAAAUGAGAGUUGCUGGUUAAGUAAAACUCAGGCCACUCAUACAGAGGUGGUGGUGGAGGUUCUGGUACAUGAGGAGCCUGUAAGUGUGGAGCCAGAUAAACAGGAGGGUCCCUAUGGAGAUGACAGUUCAUGCUGGGAGACUUCAAGCAAUUCCAAAAACAAGAUGUCCCAAAAGUUUGCAUAG